AUGGGGGAACAUUGCUACUUCCCUACUCAGAACUACCUUGAGGUCUGUAUCCCUGGUUCUCUUCACUCGCCUACUGAGCUAUCACCAUCCUCUUCCUUUUCCUCUAGUGAGGACUGCCCCUUCGCGAGUCUCCCUACGCUAGGAUUCCCCAGCCGAACUGUCACGAACAAGAAAGAAAGAUGGCGGCAACAAAGUGUGAACCUGGCGUUUGCAGAGAUUCGCAAACUGCUACCAACCUAUCCACCGGAUAAGAAGCUCUCAAAAGUUGAGAUUUUACGAACGGCGGUCAAGUACAUUCAAUUUCUCGAUGGCGUCUUAGAGGGGAUGGGAGAUGGAGAGGAAAUAAGGGGGAGGGAUGUGCCCGGAGAAUUGCCUUGGAUGGUAGGAGAACACCCGAUGGAUGGGCUUCCACAGAGACAUUCCUCGCGAAAAAAAUGA